AUGCACGCGUGCUUCCGUGGCGGCGCCGGCGACAGCAGGGCCGCCAGGUCCAUCAGCGUCGUCAGGGGCUUGGCCAAGAACAUGAAGGCCAUGUCUCUCAAGGCGAAGGCGGCCGGGGGUGUCGGUCAUGCGCGGCCGCGGCGGAGGCAGCAGAAGGAGGCGGACCAUGAGCGUUACAUGGAUGGUUCAGGGCUGACGUCGGCCAAGAUCACGCCGGCGCAUCUGCAGGACGAAGCGGACGACCGCCGGCAUGAUCAUCUGCUGCACACGGAGGACCGGGACAAGUGCUGCUCUCCUUCGCUGGACGCCGACGACGAUGCGGCUGAGAAGGGCGACGACGGCGCCGACGAGUGGGUGGCGGAGCCGGAGCCGGGCGUGCUGAUGACGCUGGCGCCGCGCCCCGACGGCACCAACCGCCUCCGGAAGGUGCGGUUCCGGGACGAGCUGUUCGACGACUGGGCGGCGCAGAGCUGGUGGGCGGACAACCACGACCGCAUCGUCGAGCUCUACAGCCUUGUAACCCAGUCCGACGGCGAUGGCAACGACGACACACCUGCCACCCCGUGCCAGUCCGAGUCCGACGAAGAAGAAGCGCUGCCGGUAUGCACGCACGGCUGCGCCUGA